AUGAUCUCCAAUAUCGAUCAUCCCGGCAAUUUCCCCUUUCACACCCUCUCGGCGCCUACAUCUCUAAUAAUUCCUCUUUUAGGAAGUGCACAUUCUUUGAGGUACCUUGUCUACUUUGCACACUACAUUUACGCUAACUCGACCAUGAAUAUUGAUCCCUCCACUCCACUUCGUUGCAGGGAUUCAGAUGCGUCACAGUGA